AUGCAUAUUACAUAUGAAACAAAACAAACUGAAACCGAAGUAACCGACCCUAACAUUCAAACACAAAUCAUCACAAAAAAGGAAGCAGCAGCUGCUAUUCUGCAGGCAAAACAUGCACUAGAAAAACGAAUAAUGGAUUUAAAGAAUGAGCAACAAUACAUAACCCAAACAUGCGUGGAGUUAUCGUUAUUUUUGCACAAAAACGCUAUAACACCUUAUAAUGAUGAUUUAAUUGAAUGUGUUAACCAUCUAAUUCGUGAGGAGAAAAAUAAAAGUGCGUGUGGUUCCAAUAAUCAAAACGUUAUUGAUGGUCUGGAACGAAUGAUUAUAUAG